AUGGGAUGUGUUAUCGAAAACCGUGGCAACAACUCCUACAAGCGUCAACAUAAGCGCAAAGCGAAGCUUCGUAAAGGUAUGUUGCUGGAGAUGAAUUACGUGUGUGAUGUGUCAGUCUACUUGCUAGGUCCAGCUUAUCACUUUCUGACAGCGCAGCAGGCAGUCGAAAAGGAAGAACAGCUUAGAUUGCAACUAGAGGCCAUUAGAAUGCUGUCAAACGAAUAA